AUCAAAGUAUGGGAGGAUUGUAAGUCUACUAUAAGUUGGUUGUGCCUCUGCAAAGGCUUUUUGCAGGAUUGCUUACUACUAGACCACCUUUAGUUGUUAGUAGAAGGCGAAGCUUAUGUAACUUUUUUUUGCAUAAUAGCUAGAAUGAAGAAUCAUGGUGGUGUUGGACAUGAGAUGAUUGUACUCCUACAAUGAUUAUGAUUGGGCAAAUAGUUCUCUAUCAAAUAAAGUGACAAUCCCUUGAGGUGAUUGUGCUUCAACGAGGACCAUGAGUUGGAUAAUUAAUCAUUGACCAAUUACAGCAAUUAGCAUGGCUCUCGAGGCAAUUAGUUUCAGUGAGGUGAUUGUGUUCCUACAAGGGUUUAUGUACCGAGAAGUCAGGCCUGGACCUGAUGAAGUGACUGAUAAUAUUAGGUGAUUGUGUUUCAAUAAGGUUGGCGAAUAAGCAAUUUUCUUUUUAAAUUAAGAAAAGGUAAUAUAUGGGCUAAAAUCUUACUAUGUAUUAUGUGGUAUACUGGGCUUUCACAGCCCAAACGUUAUAAACACUUUUUUGGUGUUUUUCUUGAAAUUACUAAUCAGCUACUUGAGGUUGAGGAACCCUCCUCGGCAAAAAUACUAACUUUAAGCUUGUAACCCAUUUUAAUCUAUGAAAAAUGGCGAGUUUCGGAAAGUUCAGAUGGAUUUCGAGACGCUUUACGGCACACCCUUCAGCUCCUUUGCGCAUUUGUGUAGUUGGUAGUGGGCCGGGGGGAUUUUACACUGCUGAGAAGAUACUGAAGGCACAUGAAAAAGUGGAAGUUGAUGUUAUUGAUCGAUUGCCGACGCCAUUUGGAUUGGUGCGGUCUGGUGUUGCACCUGAUCAUCCUGAAACAAAGAUAGUGACCAAUCAGUUCUCUCGGGUUGCACAAAAUGAACGUUGUUCAUUCUUUGGGAAUGUGUGUCUUGGAUCCUCCGUAACUUUGCCUGAGCUACGUGAGAUGUAUAAUGCGGUGGUGUUGGCAUAUGGCGCUGAAAGCGACAGAUGUCUUGGUAUUCCUGGGGAGGAGUUGGCUGGUAUAUACGCCGCUAGAGAGUUUGUUUGGUGGUAUAAUGGGCAUCCAGACUGCAGAAAUCUUGAUCCAGACUUGAAAAGCACUGAUACUGCUGUUAUUUUUGGUCAGGGUAAUGUCGCUCUUGAUGUUGCUCGAAUUCUUCUACGUCCAACAGCAGAAUUGGCAAGAACAGAUAUUGCCUCCCAUGCGUUGGCUGCUUUAGAAGAGAGUUCUAUAAGGAAAGUUUAUUUGGUUGGAAGACGUGGACCAGUACAAGCUGCCUGUACUGCAAAAGAACUACGAGAAGUUCUUGGAAUUAAGGAUUUGCAUAUUCAUAUCCAACCAGCUGAUCUAGUUACAACACCAGCUGAUGAGAUAGAAAUGAAGAAUAACAGGAUAAGGAAGCGGGUGUACGAAUUGCUCUCCAAGGCAGUCACACCAGCGCAUGCUCCUUAUCCUGGUGAACGUGAACUCCAUUUUGUCUUCUUCCAUAAACCAGACAAGUUUUUAGAAUCAAAUGAUAGAAGUGGUCAUCUUGGUGGUGUUCAGCUUGAGAAGACUAUACUUAAAGCUUUUGUAGGAGAUGAUGAAUUAGUAAAGCAAGUUGCAGUUGGCACAGGAGUUUAUGCGGAAAUAUCAUGCGGGUUAUCACUGAAGAGUAUUGGUUACAAAUCAAUAGCUAUUGAUGGUUUACCCUUUGAUAGCGAUAAAGGAAUUGUUCCAAAUGUUGGAGGCCGUGUGUUGGCUGAUGCUUCAAAAGAUCAUAUGCAAUACGACACGGGCUUAUAUGUGUGUGGAUGGUUGAAGAGAGGACCAACCGGAAUUAUUGGCACAAACCUUUAUUGUGCUGAAGAAACUCUUGCAUGCAUCUCAGACGAUGUUGACAAGGGAAUAUUAACGUCCAACUCACCCAAGCCUGGGAGAGACGGCCUCUUGCAGUUGUUAGACAGUAGGAAUACCAGAGUUGUAACCUUUGAUGCCUGGGAAAAAAUUGACACUGAAGAGAAAAGGCGCGGAAACUUGAAAAAUAGACCAAGAGAAAAGCUGACCACUUGGGAAGAGCUACUCAAAGUUGCGAGUGAAUGAGGCAGUUUUGUUCACAAAAUUAUAUGUUCAAUUCCCUGCCCAUUUGGUUUCAACUGAUAGGUGUGCAAUCUUUCUCCAUCAGCUCCGGACGAAGAAGAACAAUUUUCGUCCGAAAUAUUUCCUACAAAUGAAUGCAAGAAUGCUUUCUGAAAAUCGUUGCAGCUAGAGAAGGAUUGUCCGAAUCCCCAACGGUCAACCUAUCAAUAUACAUACAUUUUGGAGAAACUUAAAGCUGAACUUGAGACAGAGUACAUUCAAAUUGUUGUUUUUGUACAAGGAUUCGACCAUGUUCUGGUCCGUUGUCAGAUACAUGGUACGUAGUCUCCUAGCUCUGGGAUUCAUUUUUAUGCUGACAUAUACCACAUCUGUAAUAAAGAGAUGGAUACCUGAAACAUAGACAUAUAUCAUCACUUUUGUCUGAGAUGAAUGUUUUUAACCUUGGACAGAGUAUUCAUGAAACGGUGCUGUCUUUUGCUAUAUUUUUGUAGUAUAUUCGCAAAUUCUACCACUCACCCAGAAUCAAGAAUCUUGGUUGGCAAUUGUUACGGCAAAGUUGUACAACUCAUUUAGUUGAAAAGAAUAAAGAAGUAGUGCCAAAUCGUCCUUCUGCUAGGCG